UAUCAUUGAUAACUACCAUUCUACCAAGUCAUCCGAAUCUCUCAACCCAACCUGUUUUCUCACCAAAAACCAACCCACUAAAAACUCAGUCUACGAAACCGGCGAAAACUGCUGUUCAACAACAAUCAACAGGAAUAGAAAUCCACGACACAAUGAUCAGCGUUCUUGCUCAGGAGCGAUUACUCGGCGCUGCGCUCGGAAGUGCCCUGACAGCUGCCGUCGUUUUCGAGAAUCGACGAAAUAUCUACAAAACAAUUUCUGAGAAUAAUGCUAAAUUCGACAAUCAAUUACAGGUUAAGAGGCCAGUUCUUGCAACAAAAUCUUUUGAAUUUGCACAUUUGUGGAACAAAGCUGUAGAUAAGACUUUUGGGACUGUGAUUGCAUCUCUUAGUUCAUGUGGGUGGUAAAAUAUCUGUAAUCGGAUUGUUGAAUGAACUGCAUAAAAAAGAAUGGAGAUGUAUGCAGUAACUAGCAUAUGCAUUCUUUCUGCAAUUGUCGCAUUUUGCUCCUUGCCCCCCUGUGAGGGAGGUCAACCAGAUUGUUAUAUGUGAGUUUGACAUUCUUUGUAUGACUGACAUAAGUGACAUUGUAUCCAAGUUAAUCCAUACUCAUAGAUAUAAAUGUUCUUUUGAACGUCCACUAUAUAUUAUCAUGGGUGAAUUUUUUGU